AUGGAUGUGGUUAUGCUGUCUUUGAGAACUGCCAGAGGGUUGGAUUUGAAGUCAUUAGGCAAAGCUUUUGGCAGCUCGACUAUUCUUUCCGUUUGUGAGGUCUAUAAGCCUCAUAUUGAGAGUGGACAUGUUGUCUGCUUGGAUGAGCAGAGGGAAAUUGCGGCAGAAGAAUUUAGCUCUUCGUUAUCGGAAGGAAACAAGAUCAAUGAGGUGUUGGCAUAUAUCAGGCUUAGUGACCCUGACGGUUUCUUAUUAUCUAAUGAGUUAUUAUCCCUCGCGUUCAAUGUGUUAGCUCCAUAUGUUUCAGCCUGGAUGGUUCAGAAGUUAGCAACGCCAGUUAAAGACAGGAGACUGCCAAUACUUGGAUGCCAUCAGUUGAUUGGUGUCUCUAAGAUCUAUCAAGAUAGGGGACGGGUGGAACCUUCAAUAGAGCAAAGGCUGGUGUGUGAGAUUUACUGCUGAAUAUGUAAAAAGUUUGUGUAUGACUCAAUUAAAGUCGUCCGCAGUCAUCCGUUAAGCUUGUCCUGCUCAUUAACACACAUGUUACUCUACUUGCACCAAAAACAAAUGAUUUUAAUGUUUGCUAUCUAUAUCGUUAACAUUACUUUGAAUUAAUCUCCUAUUUCUUCAUUCCAUGUGCGCCAAAUGAAGCGUAGAGGUGACAUUUUCCAGGUAUCUUUCUUUUACUACCAAUCCUAAUAUAACGUCUACCUUGGGCUGUUCUUGUCACCCCUCUGUAACAACAAUUGUAGGUUGGAUAACGAGAAUACAAGAAAAAUGUUAAAAAGGAAUACCGCCAGUGACCACCUCGUCUUUCCAUUUGCUAAUAAUUUCACGAGCUGACCAUUUACCAGUCAUAAGUCAUAACAAUGCAAGGUCAAACACCCCAAAAACUGAACUUUAGAUUACCCAAAGAAACAUACAACACGAAGAUGUCAUCUCCAAGCAAUGUACAAUUCAUAAAGAGGAGAUUGUGAUUGUCUUCUCAAAAAACCGGUCUCUGUAUCUGUGAGAAUUGAUACAACAGAGGAAGAAUUUAGCUGCUGCUUUAGUGAUAUAAGUUGAUCCAGGCUGACAAGAUCUAAAUGCUCAGAUGCAUUGCACCAUGCUGACGGAGGAAAUGUACCGUCUUCUGCAUAAACAACUCUGAUCAUCCAGCAACGGUAAUGAUUCAUUACCACGAGAUGCC